AUGAUCAUCGACAGAUCAGCUUCAAACCAUGCUAGCCGCAACGGGUCACCUCUAAGGCCUACUUAUGCCGCAACUCCUUCUUAUAAACCGGGCAAUGCUGGAAUUGCCGAUGAAGUACACCCUGUCUUCCUUGAGGGGCGGGUAGCAGUCAUUACAGGCGCAUCCAGCGGUAUCGGUCGAGCGGCAGCUCUAGAAUUGGCCAAGCUCAAGCUGAAGAUUGCCAUAGCCGACAUCGAUGAUGUGAAGCUUCAGAAAGUGGGCAAAGAGGUCGCUGCCAUCGUCGGAGACGCAAACGUGCUGGUUAUUGCGACAGACGUAUCACAGCUAGACCAAGUUAGACGCCUCAAAGACAAGGUCUAUGAGGCUUGGGGCGAGGUCGCUGUUCUCAUGAACAAUGCCGGUAUAGGCCCCAAGGGAACCUCUUGGGAUGGGCUAGACAACUGGAAGAAGGUAUUUGAUGUCAACGUAUUUGGGAUUGUGAAUGUGCAGCAAACGUUCGUCCCGCCUAUGAUCCAUCAAGAGAAUGUUGCAGUUGUCAUCAAUACUGGCUCAAAGCAGGGAAUCACUAAUCCCCCGGGUAACGCGGCAUACAACGCUUCCAAGGCAGCGGUGAAAUCCCUCACCGAAAACCUGGCCUACGAACUCCGGGAGAGACCCGAUAGCAACGUCACCGCCCAUUUAUUCAUCCCCGGAUGGACACACACUGGAUUGACUGGUGCGAAUUCUCUGGGCGACAAGCCCGAAGGGGCAUGGACGCCGCAAGAGACGGUGCUUUACAUGUUGGAUAAAGUUCGUGCUGGGGACUUUUACGUGCUUGUGCCGGAUAACGAGACGAGAAGGGAAAUGGACGAGCUUAGGAUUAUGUGGACUGCUGGGGAUAUUGUAGAGGGCCGCCCAGCGUUGAGUCGAUGGCACCGAGACUACAAAGCCUUGUUUGAGGAGUACAUGCGUGACGGCCUCGCACAUGGCACUGUCGUUGCGAUUUUGCUUUCCUCAAACAAGUAUAUAAGGUCGGAAGAGGGAACAGUCGUAGAAGUUUAA